AUGUCAACAGAAUAUACUCUACCAUGCUCCCCGAAAUACCUCUGUGAAGAUCGCUUCUCGAUCCUCGACUCCGACGAACUGCAAGUCCCCUUCUGGCCCGUCUUUGCAGAGCUGUUGAAACAGCCCACCACCACGCCAACCCAAGUCAUCGACCUUCUCGAAACAAUCGCCGUCACACUUCGCCAGAAAUCAAGUACGGACUAUGGCUUCCUUCGAGACUUCAUGCGUACUAAGCUCGCACCCGACUUCUUCUCCCGAACAUGGCCUUCUGUCGUUGAUCUAUCUCUCCAGCUACCAGUUCUAUUCCCAAUAUGCACCCUUCCAAUCCUCUCAGCCGGUCAAGCCUCCCUCCAGUUGACAAGAAGACAAGCUGCUUGUCUAGUCACUCAUCAGUUCCUGUGCACCCUCGCCGCGCCGACCUGGCAGGAUGGCUAUCAAGACUUCCAUAUCUGGUACUCGGCCGAACAACCACACGCCAGAGCAGUGGACGCCUACCUCACCGCCUUGUUCAAAUACUUUGAUCGUCUGGGAGGGCCGGCCGAGACCACGCCUUUGUCAUGCAGUGCUGAGGUCUGGCCAAUUACGUAUACCCUGACUGACAACGACGAACCUGCCAACCACGCUGCUGAGUAUCUCAUUCCAUUCGAAACCCAGCAUCUUGACGCCGCGAGUACUGCGCCAUUCCUUCUUGGUCUGCCGGACGGUGCAUCUGUCAUCUCAGCAAAUAAGUUCAUUGGAUUUGGCCGCACGGGCACGCAGGAUGAAGUCCAUGUCGGCUGCUCGCCGGAGGCUUGCCCGGCCGUCUUGGUCACACCUCCGCUUGGGGACGGCGAUGUGAUGGUUGUGGUGGGAGCUGAGGCUAUGAUCACCAUCGAAGGGUACGGACGCACUGCCCAAUGCGGUGAAGUUCUGCCCCCACCUCUGUCUGAGAAUGCACACGAUCAUCGCGAAUUGUGGUCAAAGCGGACGAUGCUAUUCAUGGAUGCGCUGGAGCUUGAUCUGGAAGGGAGGGACGAGGGACUACCAGACCUACAGCCCGGCAAAGUUGAACGAGAGUUGCGAAAGGCAUACACUGCAUUCCGAUCAAGUCAAAACACCUCAUCCGGACAGCGUUUCAACGUCGUCAACACCGGCUUCUGGGGUUGUCGGACGUUCGGCGGGAAUCCGAGCGUCAAGACGAUGAUUCAGUGGUGCGCUGCUUCGAAGGCUGGAUGCGGGAGCAUGGAGUUCAUCUGCUCGGGUGAAGAGCAGGAGGCUUUUGGAAAGAGGAUGAUGCUGUUCGUGGAUGCUGUGAGGAUGUUGAGGGUCAAGACCACUGUACUCGAAAGCGUACUGCUUGAGCUCUUGACCCAAGAUGUCUCGCCUGGAGAGGAUGCUUUGGAUGUUGUUCUUGUCCGGCUGAAGGCAAAGUCUUGA